AUAAAACCUACAAUAGAGAAAGAGGAAUGUUAUUUUGAGACGAGAGAAUAAUAAUAAUAAUAAUAAUAAUAAUAAUAAUAAUUAACACAUUUAAUAAUUUAAUAAAACACUAAAUAAUUCGACGACUCAAGGAAAAUAAGUGAUUAACGUGGAAAACGAGAGCAAGGAAGUUGUUGUAAUUUUGGUGAUACACAUCUACAGUGACAAAGUGUUUAAAGUUAUUAAAAAUUGAUUAAUUAAUUAAUUAAUUGAUUUAAAAAAAAAAAUUAUUUUGAAAAUCUUUAAAAAUACUUUAGAUGCAGUGAAAGGUUAAUCGAAAAUAAAUAAACUACCAAGUGAAUAAAAUAUAAGAAGCUUCUCGCUUGUCGAACCAGUGCUCACAAACGUCAUCAUUGUCCUCGUGUUCGUGCAUGGUUCAAGUAAAACAGGAACCUUCAAAUAUCAGUAGCAAAUCAUACUGUCGGUGAAAUCAUAUAGUUGCAGGGCAACAAGAGAGAGCAUAAUAAAGAAAAGUAAUCUUCAAAGAAGCCAGAACUGCCAACAGCAGCUACGGCAGGAAAAAGAUCCAAGUUACAAACGAUAAGAAGACGACGAAAAAGAAAAGGUUGUUUAAAAUCUGGUGGAAAAUCAUCUUACGUGGUCAAAUGUAUACGCGAGUGGAGCGCGGGAGCGAGAAAGUAACUAAAGUAACUGAAAGCAUUAACAGUCACAUCCACAAAAUAAGUAAUCUUUAACGCAUUUAUAUACCAUUAAUGAAACCUCGAAAUAUCUGUCACUUUCUCCUCCCGCGCCACCACUGGCCGAUUAAAAAAACUCAACUCGGUUAGCUAAAUCGUUAAUUGUGACUAAAACGAUCGACCGAUAUUUUGAAGAACAACGCGCGUAAUAAGAUAUUCAUGUUAUAAUAUAAAGAGAAAUGACAAAGCAGAAGUAACAUCGUUACAUAAGUUGCUGAGUACUGAAAAUAAGUGGAAACAGAAAGCUGAUACCUUGGUUGACUUCAACACGGAUACAAUAAAAUAUUGGUUGCAUGCGCAUCCCGCACAGGGGCCAUACCUACACUCUAAGAUGUGAUUUUGAAAAUGGCGGAUUGUCCCUAUGCUCGCUGCAUACAGGAACGCAGACACAUUCGAAGAGAGUUGCUGCGAUGGACAAAAAAUAUGGUUUUUGUAGUCGGUCUGGAACGAGUAGCAGAAGAGUUAAUGGGCCGUAGGAGAUGGAAGCAGUAUCAGGAUACCCUGUACAGCAGCACUCGCAGCGAAUCAGCUACGCAGCCACAUCAUCGGCUUUAUUCGACGUUUUCAACGGUCGGGAACUCAAGUACCGGGAGUUUGAACCAGGUGAGCCAUCGAACGUCACUAGGCCCAAGCCCAACGGCAACAACAACUCCGGAAUCAAUAGUUACGAAACAACUUGCCGAUCACAAAAGCGACGAAAGUCAGCAUUGUUUCAAACCCGAAGACAUAAAGCUCAAGGUCGAAACAGCAGUAGACAAAAACGGUAUUUUCUCAGAGUCUUUGGAACAUGGAGAAGUUUUUGUCAACUUAAAACAGAAUUCAAAUCAACGAUUAGACGACGAAAAGACCGAGAAGAAAAACAACGAGAACGAUUUGGAGAGUGUGGACAUAAAACUCAAUCUCGAAGACGAAAAGGUGACUGCGCCAGUCAGCCCGUUACGAGAAAACAACAAAGGUGCAAAAGACGAGCCUAUAGAUACGACAGAGACAAAGGAACAGGUGGCAGAAAGUUUAUCGAACCAAAUACAAGGAUCACCGUGUCUAUUGCGGGUAAAGAAAGAAGAAGAGCUUCAAGAAUUACCGCUACAAGUGAAUUGUGGCGAAACAAUCAGAAGCGUCACAGAUUCCGAAAUAAACAAAUCAGCACCAGCAAUAGGAAGUGCAGAAGAACAACAAGCAUCAAUAGGUUUCCCACCGUUACAUUUCCAUCGGCACACCAGUCCACCACCAGAGGACUGGAAACCUCUAGACAAGUGUUGCUUAUGUCUCGAUGGAAAAUUAUUUCACGAAGAUCAACCUCCUCUUAGUCCUCAAAGCGAAAGCAGCGGUAGUUCGAGAUCUGCAGAGUCACCCAUGUCUGUGCAAGUCGACCCGAUGGCAGCCUCCGUGGUUGCAGCCGCGCUCAGCGGAACAUAUCCGACCUUAUUGCCACAGUGGUGUCUACCACCGAGAGAAACACCUCUUAUGGUUGUACAAUCUCUUCAAGAAACCGGCCAGUUGUCCGAUCAACCACUUGAUCUCUCAGCAAAACCGAAAAGUUCUCAGGAAAACAACAUAUCUGUGCUGGAACAACAAAAAAUACCUCUGAGAAUGCCGACAGGGUUAGAUCCUAAAAGUUUAUUUGCCUCAUCUUUCCGCGCCAAACCAAGAUUGACAGGUCCGGUUGGAGCAGGUGGUGUGUCUGUAGUAGGUGGUGGAAGGCGAACUUACACAGAAGAAGAGUUACAAGCUGCACUCAGGGAUAUUCAAAGUGGAAAACUUGGAACGCGAAGGGCAGCUGUAAUCUAUGGAAUACCAAGAAGCACCUUACGUAAUAAGGUCUACAAGCUUGCAAUGGAACGUGAAAGAGACGCGUCUCUGACUAGCACCCACUCACACACCCACGAGUCUGGUGUUUCAGCAUCAACCAAUACAUCUACUACCUUAUUAACAACAACAACAAUAACUACAACAACAGCAACAACACCAUCUACACCAAAUACGACCCAAAAUGCCUCCGCAAAUACUCCGUCCUCGCCAAUGGAUGAGGCGGAUGACAAGGAACUGUCUGGUGCUGAAGACGAGAAAGAAGUUGAAAAAGCUUUAUUAAAACCUUUACUUUCACUGGAAGAUCUCGUAAGAUUUUCGGCUUUAGAAGCUGGAGGUGGAGACUCACUUAGGACUCUGCUUCAACGUGGCCAAGAAUCCGGCACGGAAUGGCCAGGCUUUGAGCAUCCUAACAUCGGUCCAUACAUUCAGAAAAUGCUUGCUGCUGCAGCACCAUUUAAAGACUUGGAGUCUCAAGACUACAAAAUACCUGAAGCUAUGAAACGGCUAAUGACUGAAGACAAGAGAACACACAAUAACCUAAAUGGAGAUCAAAAUCAGCAACAGCUGGUUCAUUCCCAUCAAUUCCAUCAGUCAUCACAAGCUCAACAAAAUCUUCCUAUGACGAAUAAUGAUUUUAAUCCGGCAAUUGAAGAAGAAGCGAGUGACAGUGCUCAAGGCAGAGCUAUACUGAAAAUUCCGUCCUACAAGCCAGCGGGCACAUCAGGUUCAAGCAAAAAUAACGGGGAACCAACAUCAACUGCAUUUGCCCAAGGUUUUGCAGCGAUAUCUGGUACUGCAACGAGUCCUGGUCUUAUAGAACGCGCAAGUCCAGCCUUCUCAGGCACAAGUAGUCCCACCAAUUCUCUUGUUGGUAAAGCAGUAGGCGUCAAUUUUCGUGACGUUAUAGCUAAAAGUAUUAGCUCGAAGUUUCAAGAAGGACAAUCUAAUUUAGCUGGUCAGCCCUCAGCUCCAGGCCAAGCCGCCGCAAUACUCAGUGAUUCGAAUCCGUAUAAAAGAGGACGGUAUACACCACCUCAGCAGCCCCAAUCUCAGCAGCAGUCACAAAUACAGCAACAAAAACUUCAAUCCCAAGAUAGUAAAUCAAAAGCAAGCUCUGGUGGCAAAGGUACUAGACCCAAAAGAGGAAAAUAUAGAAAUUAUGAUAGGGAUAGUCUUGUUGAAGCUGUUCGCGCUGUACAAAGAGGAGAAAUGAGCGUUCACAGAGCAGGAAGUUACUAUGGUGUACCACAUUCCACUUUAGAGUAUAAAGUUAAAGAAAGACAUCUUAUGAGACCUAGAAAAAGAGAUCAAAAACCUCAGGAUGACAAAACCAAGGAAUCGACCAAUACCACUGCUACGGUACGACCUGGUCCUCAGGACAAAAAAGCUCCUGUAAAAACUCAAAAAACAUUUGCAACUGGUCCAGGAAGUAUAUCAGGUCCAAAUGGUCUUAAAAUUCCGCCAUUUUUAGAAAAUCUGCCGCAUUUGCCCUUUCCCCAUCCAUUUAACUUUUGGGGCCCACCGCCAUUUAUGUCUUCGCCUUUCAUUCCUGGUGCUUCUAAUGUACCGACAAUGCUCCCUGAACAAUACUUUGCAACACAAAGAAUACGAGGCUUGCAGGAACAGCAGAGAAGUGCAAUAGUACAGCAGCAAAGGGAUAAAGAUACCGCUGGUACUGAUUCAGAACCAGGAACGUCGAAUUCCCGAGGUUCGUCGAUUGUAAAAACAACCCGAGAAAUGGCUGAAAGUCUUUACGAUGGCAGUGGUGUAAACGGAAGCUUUUUAGAUAAUCUGAUCAGAUCGAGUCUUGAAACAGGUAUUCCAAGAGAGCAGCGGUUAAGUACAGAAGGUCAAUCAUCAACCCCAGUAGGACACUAUCACUCAGAUGUGAUUGGAAGCAAAGCUUUGUUGGACCAACUCUGUCGGAAUCCUAGGAGGACACCCUUAUCCAGAGGGGCGCAAGACAGCAGUGAAGACGAGAGUUAUCGAGGAGCAACGACAAAAUCGUUGCCUGAGAGACCUGAAAGAGUUCCUACCGUUGACUUGAGCCCUUCACCCGAUGGGACGAAAGUUGAUGACCAAACAAAUGAACGCGUUACUUCUGCGGCGACCCCCUUGGUCGUCACUAGAACUACCAGUAGAGACGAGGAUACUAGAGAUUCUAAAGUAGAUAAAAUCAACAGAGAACAAGAGGUUUACAAUGGCGGUAAAGAUGACCGCGAAUCAAAUAAAACGGUGAGUUUACAGCAACAACAGCUGAAUAACUACUCAGAUGUACACAACCUCUAUCCCGUAUCAACCGACAAAAAAAGUGCCUGUGAUAGUAAGCUUAAAAUAGAUCAUUCGAAUCAGAAAACUCAACAUUCCUAUUCGCACCAAAAGGAAUUUGCAAAUGUAAGCGGACUAGUGCAAUUGCAAAAAGAGUAUACCGGUGCAAAUAGUAGAUCUACCGACGGAAACCAACCGACAAACUCUCAACUGGCGACCCAACCUGCCCAGGAGCCUUGCAACCCUCCACUGAGUAUGGAAGACUCUAUAGAGCAGUAAACAAAAAAAAUCAGUUAAUCGGUCUUGGUGAGAGCUCUUCAGGUCACAGACAAGGGCCCCGAGUGCAAUCGAUUAAAAUCGAAAUAUCGUUAGAAUAAUGAUAAUUAAAAUUAUUAAUUAUUUCUAAAUUGUUCAAUAAUUUAUAUUUCCUUAAUAUACCCACCGCCCAUCUUAAAUAUUAUUUUAUAGUUAAUUGCUCUGUAUGUAAAAGAGCGAUAUUUUAUGUAAGUUUUCAAUCGAUUGAAAUUUUCUUACGUACCUCAACACAUGUAAGUUAAUAUUAAAUCAACAUUCGAAUUUAGUGUUUUUAUACAUGUAUAUGCAGGUAGUUGAAAGUGUGUCAAGAGGUAUUUUUUAUAUUAUAUAUCAAUUUUCAAUUAUUAUUCAAGGGAAGUUGAGAAUAAUUAAAGAUUAAAUAAGAAGAGUAGUAAUGUCAAGUUAUCGAGUUACGUUGGUGUUAUUUUAUAAUUAUACAUAUUUUUUUCUGAUAAUUCACAUCAUUGAUUAUUAUUACUAUUAUUAUUAUUUUUAUUUUUAUUAUUAUGACUAUAAUUAUCUAACACAACUUUUUUGUUUACUCUUUCUUAUACUAAAAAUAUAAACUAUCGUUUCAUUAAAAUAGUAACAAAAGUUCUUUUGUCAAAGUAUAUAUAUAUAUUACCAUAUCAAUAUUGCAUUACAAUUCUUUGUUAUAUAUAAACAAAUCUGAUGAAAUUUAGUAAUUGUAACACCAGAUUGUUUAUGUUUUAAGUAUUAAUGCAUAUUAAUAAGUACACUUUUCAUCUAUAGAUCCAUUAAUAUAUGCAGAAAUACAUCAUCAUUAGAAAAAAAGGAUUGCGAAUUAAUAUAUUGAUACAUUUCAUUAAAAAUAAUAUAAUUAUAAACAUUCCCAACAAUCGAAAAUUUUCCAUCAUUUAAAAUUUUUAUAAAUGUACAAAAAUAGUUAACAUCAAUAAAAUAAUGAUGGAAAAUAGAUUGUUAAAUAAUCUUUUUCAUUCCUAGUUAUUGUUAUACUUUUGUUAGCGUUUAUGUUUAUACAAAUAAUUGUAAUAACUUGA